AUGAUCUAUAACAGAACGAGGCUCUUAUGCACAAAAAGAGUCAAUGAGAUACCAUUCGAUGCCCACCUGGAGUUAUUGUGCGAUUGUUCUCCCUAUUUCGACUCACUUUACAGCGAUCGCACUGAGAACCCCAUUCCAAGCGAUUCUGUUUGCUUUCCUGACGAUGAUCCCGAUGUCUUCGCUGAGCUUUUGGGAAAACUCGAGAUUUGUGGACUGCAGAACCAUGUUAUACAGCUUUGCAGGGCUGAGCUUGACAAAAAGCCUGGUGGAAUUUUUGAUUGCGACAAGAUUGAUUACGUCUACACCCAUACCUUGCCUGAAUCCCCAUUGCGUUUACUCUUAGUCGACAAUUGGGUACAGAACGCAAAUCAAGCACGCUUUGAAAGCCGCCAAGCGAGAUUGCCUCGUAUUUUUCUCCAAGAUCUUUGCUGUGCUUUGAUUGAGCGGAAAGAAAGUACAAAUCGUGCCGAGGGAGACACCGACAGUGCAGAACGCUACUACGUAAAACCUUCGCCACCGCGAGCUAUUCACGGGAAACUACCUCCUCAGGAUAGAGACUAUCCAGAAACCGUGCAGACUGCAACCCUAGAGCAAUUGAAAAACAGGAAAUUCAAAUGUCCGUCUUCCCGUGUUAACAGAUCGCCUAUGCCAUCGCCACCACACGUCAUGCCACCUAUCGCCAUGGAAAAGGAGAAUGAUCCAAAGAGUGAAUUAGCACGUAGACUGAAUCACUUACAAAUCUUAUGA